UUCAACACUUAAUCGCACUAGAACAUGAGCUAGGAGAGAUCAAACUGUAUAUCUAUACCUAGUCCUUAGAACAGUGCACGGCACAGAGUAGAUGCUCGCAGAUAUUCCUUGAAUGAAGGGAUGGGACAGAUGAAAAUAUUGAAGACCCCAAGAGUUAAGUUACUAGUGCAGGGUCACAUCACUUGCAGAAAAUUGAAAUCAGGAUUCAAACCCAGGAGUCCCCAGCUCUGUGGCGUGCCUUCUUCAUGAUUGCUUGGCUAGGCCUGUGUUGUAGGAGUGAAUGGGAUAUAUUAGAGACCCAAAGGUGUCUAACAAAGCUGCAGUCUGAGAUUCAGGAAAUGUGGGUUCUAUCCUAUCCUUCCUGAAGUCCCAGUAUGAUUGUGGGGGGAAAAAAAAAAAAACAUGCUCUCUAAGGGUCCUCAAAUGGCCCUGGACCGGUUUAUGCUUUGUCAUCUCUUAUACUCAGGAGGAGCUAGGGUCAGGGCUUGGAGGGAGGGAAUGACUAAGUCAUCACCCAAGCACCUGAGGAAAGUAGUCUUGUGUUUUAUUUCCAGCGUGCACAAAAAUUCGAGGAGGAUGACGUAGUCUCCAGCCAGCAAACACCCAGAAAUAAAAGUUAAAGAGAGAAAAGAAAGUACAGGCAUUCGAAGACUCCACACAGUUUUGGGGGAGGAAAGGAAAAAAAAAAAAAAAAAGAGCUUGGAUUCCACUCCUGGGUUAGUGCAACAUAUAAUCUAAAACAGGCGCUCAGGUUGAGAACUGUGCCCAGAUCCGAUCCCCAACACAUAAGAGCACAGCCUUGAAAAAGAAAAAAGAAAAAAAGAAAAAAAAAAAACCCAGGCAUAUAUCUUUAAAGCCUCUGUUCUUACGUGUGAUAUUUUUAUGCUCCUUCGGAGGUAGCAGAGCUGGGGCCUUUGCAUCCCGAGAAGGCUUUCUUCCCCUCUCCCCGGCUUGGGGAUUAUUGAUUUGGAAGGAGGCUAAUUUCCAUGUAAAUAAAGCUCGGUGCUGGGCAGUGGGACGGGAUGUCCAGAUGCGGUGACUGACUAGCUGACGUCACGGCUUCAUUAGCAUGCGGAGGAUGCGGGCACUGCAACAGCGGCUUCUCAGGCACCACCAGCCUCUCCGACGACAGUUAAUAUUAUUUUUUUGGCCGAGCCGCACAUUUCCUGGUUCGGUGUCUCGGGCUCUGCGACCUGCCGACGGGUCGCCCCGGGUCUGGCUCGGCAUCAGUUGGUGACGCUGACUCUGGGGUCUGUGACUUCCUGCAGAUUGACAAGCUGGGUUCUCAGGAAGGCAAUCCGGAGCCAGAGGAAGGGCAGAAGUCACACUUUUUUUUUUUUUUUUUUCCUUGCUCGGUGGGUGCCCAGCAGGGUCUCCAUCCAGCAGUGCUUGUUUUCCAUGAGUGCACGCAGAGCAGCUCCGCCUUGAGCCUGCUUCUGGCUUGGGAAGGGUCUAGGUUUUGAGAAGGGUUUCCAGAAGAAGAUGCUUUGGCUGCCUGCGGUCCUGCUUGCGUUCUUAGAAGCCGGACCUGGGGAGAAAGUGAACUGUGGCAACUGACAAGCUUAGAGGGUCUGGUGGAAGCUUCCCUCUCCACCCGGAAACUGGGCAUUUUAUCCUCCCCAGAGGAAGAUCUGCCUACACUGCAAGUGCCCUCAGGAGGAGCACAUGGUGACAGUGAUGCCCCUAGAGAUGGAGAAGACUGUCAGCAAACUCAUGUUUGACUUCCAGAGGAACUCCACAUCAGAUGACGACUCGGGCUGUGCCUUGGAGGAGUACGCUUGGAUCCCGCCGGGGCUGAAGCCUGAACAGGUUCACCAGUACUACAGCUGUCUUCCAGAAGAGAAGGUUCCUUAUGUCAACAGUCCUGGAGAGAAGCUACGGAUCAAGCAGCUACUACAUCAGCUGCCGCCACAUGACAAUGAGGUUCGAUAUUGCAACUCCCUGGAUGAAGAAGAGAAGAGGGAGCUAAAGCUCUUCAGCAACCAGAGAAAACGUGAAAACUUGGGUCGAGGGAAUGUCAGGCCCUUCCCAGUCACGAUGACAGGGGCUAUCUGUGAACAGUGCGGAGGCCAGAUUAACGGCGGGGACAUCGCUGUGUUUGCGUCGCGCGCCGGCCACGGUGUUUGCUGGCACCCACCGUGCUUCAUAUGCACUGUCUGCAACGAGCUGCUGGUGGACUUGAUCUACUUCUACCAAGAUGGGAAGAUAUACUGUGGCAGGCACCACGCCGAGUGCCUGAAGCCGCGCUGCGCAGCCUGCGACGAGAUCAUCUUUGCAGAUGAAUGCACAGAAGCCGAGGGACGCCACUGGCACAUGAAACACUUCUGCUGCUUUGAGUGCGAGACCGUGCUUGGUGGCCAGCGCUACAUCAUGAAAGAGGGAAGGCCCUACUGUUGUCACUGCUUCGAGUCCUUGUAUGCAGAAUACUGCGACACCUGUGCCCAACACAUAGGGAUUGACCAGGGUCAGAUGACCUACGACGGCCAACACUGGCAUGCCACCGAGACCUGUUUCUGCUGUGCUCACUGCAAGAAAUCCCUCCUGGGGCGGCCAUUCCUCCCAAAGCAGGGCCAGAUAUUCUGCUCGCGGGCCUGCAGUGCCGGGGAGGACCCCAACGGCUCUGACUCAUCUGAUUCGGCUUUCCAGAAUGCCAGGGCCAAGGAGUCCCGGCGCAGUGCCAAAAUCGGCAAGAACAAGGGCAAGGCAGAGGAGCCCAUGCUGAACCAGCACAGCCAGCUGCAGGUGAGUUCCAACCGGCUGUCGGCCGACGUGGACCCCCUGUCGCUGCAGAUGGACCUGCUCAGCUUGUCCAGCCAGACGCCCAGCCUCAACCGGGACCCCAUUUGGAGGAGCCGGGAUGAGCCCUACCAUUAUGGGAACAAGAUGGAGCAGAACCAGUCCCAGAGUCCUCUGCAGCUUCUCAGCCAGUGCAACAUCAGAACGUCCUACAGUCCGGGAGGGCAGGGGGCCGGGGCCCAGUCCGACAUGUGGGGCAAGCACUUCAGCAACCCCAAAAGGAGCUCAUCACUGGCCAUGAAGGGGCACGGUGGUAGCUUCAUGAAGGAAUGCCGAGAGGACUAUUACCCUGGAAGGUUGAGAUCCCAGGAGAGCUACAGCGAUAUGUCCAGUCAGAGCUUCAGUGAAACCCGAGGCAACAUCCCAGUCCCCAAAUAUGAGGAGGAGGAAGAGGAGGAGGAAGGAGGCAUAUCCACUCAGCAGUGUCGGACCCGCCAUCCGAUCAGUUCCCUGAAAUAUACUGAGAACAUGACGCCCACCGAGCAGACCCCUCCAGGCUCCAUGGAAUCACUGGCCCUGUCUAAUGCCACAGGCCUGUCCGCAGACGGCGGCGCCAAGCGCCAGGAGCACCUGUCCCGCUUUUCCAUGCCUGACCUCAGCAAAGACUCUGGAAUGAACGUCUCGGAGAAGCUGAGCAACAUGGGCACGCUGAACUCGUCCAUGCAGUUCCGCAGCGCAGAGUCGGUCCGCAGCCUGCUCUCGGCGCAGCAGUACCAGGAGAUGGAGGGGAACCUGCACCAGCUGGGCAACCCCAUCGGCUACAGAGACCUGCAGGCCCACGGGAGGCUGCACCAGAGCUUUGAUUUCGAUGGGGGCAUGGCGGGCGGCAAGCUGCCCGGGCAGGAGGGCCUGAGGAUCCAGCCCCUGAGCGAGCGCACGCGGCGGCGGAGUGUCUCCCGCGACGACGGCCGCCGCCCCCGGCCUCACCGCUCCCGGCGCUCCCGGCGCUCCCGCUCCGACAACGCCCUGCACCUGGCCAGCGAGCGCGAGGCCCUGUCUCGGUUGAAAGAAAGGCCCCCGCUCCGAGCCCGGGAGGACUACGACCAGUUCCUGCGCCAGCGGAGCUUCCAGGAGAGCCUGGGCCAGGGGUCCCGGAGGGACCUGUACGGCCAGUGCCCGAGAACCGUGUCGGACCUGGCCCUGCAGAACGCCUUUGGGGAGCGAUGGGGACCCUACUUCACCGAGUACGAUUGGUGCUCCACGUGCUCCUCCUCCUCGGAGUCCGACAACGAGGGCUAUUUCCUAGGAGAACCCAUCCCCCAGCCGGCCCGCCUGCGAUAUGUCACGAGCGAUGAGCUGUUGCACAAAUACAGCUCCUACGGCCUCCCCAAGUCCUCCACGUUAGGGGGCAGGGGACAGUUGCACAGCAGGAAAAGACAGAAGAGCAAAAACUGCAUCAUCUCUUAAUAGGAUGGGGGUCAGGGGAAUGGGGGGAAGAUGGGAGCUGAGAAUGUACGUGGAGAAACUUGCACUGUUUUAAGUCCUAAAGCGCUUUUGGGGGGGUGGUUGCUGGAGGAGACAGAGGGAAAUGCUGGCGGUCGUGGAGGCAAGGUUAUAUAGACUGACUCAAUAGGUAGUCACAGUUCUCGGCAUGUUGAAUAUUAUUUGCACAUUUCACUUUGGAAACGCUCUAGACUCUGUGGAGGCCAGGGUUGGUCACCUCCUUCCCUUCCCGUAAGUCUGUGUUGAGUCGCCUUUUCGCAAGAUGGCAAACUGUUUUCCCCGCUCGCUUAUAUCCUCUCUGGUUCUCUUACUUUUAGGGCCCCCCCUUUUUUUUCUUUUUCCAGUAAGUAAUUUGUUUAUUAGCCAGGACCCCAGACUAAGUUAUUUACAUGUCCAUUGUAAAUGCAAUGUAAAUGAGAGUUCUGAUAAAAUAUUUUUGUAUUUUGUAAUAUCAAAGGAAUUUCUAUAUCGUAGGACUCAGUGAAGACUUGCAUGCACAUCCAGCGUCGUCUUUGAGUAGUACUCACAGGUGGUCCAGGACCGCCUUUUUUUUUUUUUUUUCUUUUUCUUUUUUCUAUACAAAUUUGUUACAUGUCAGUGAGACCUUUUUUCAAAGGAGUUUAUUCAAUUUGGCUUUUUGUGGCUAAAAAAAAAAGUAUUAUUACACCCAAAGCAUUUUAUGCUCCAUUCCAUCUUAAGGAGACAUCCUUAAGUCUGCUCCCACCCUUGGUAGAAUUUCUUCCCUACAAAGUGAUAGUAAUUUUUUUUUUUAAUUGCAAACGUUAACUUUUGCCAAUUAGAGAAACCAACCAGUGUCCGUAAAGUCCCGUGAGCAACAAUGCUGUCCCCACUAGGAAUGUGGAAGUUGCUCACUCUUGAUCUGUCCCUUGGGGAAAAUGAAAGUGACUGUGAGUGGUACCCGUCGUGUGAUGUCAGCAUGACGUUGCUUUGAGUGUGGCAUUAUUUUCUGGUGCUCAUGUUUCCUGGAUUAUAUUAUCUGCUUUCCUUUACCAAGGCAGACGGAACAGCUGCCUUAGCCUGACAACCGGUUGUCCUCAGUGCAAAUGAACUGAAGCUGUAGACAUUUAAGGACAGAAGGUUCUGUGGGGCUCUGGGAGUGAUGGGGUGUCCUAGGUUGUACGUCAUGCGGGGAGAAGGACCGAGGAAAUUGGAAAGCGGGAGGCAGGUCAAGCGUAGAGGCUGAAGGGGAAGGUCAGAGCAAAGAAGUACUUCUGGAGAUGCAGUAGAGUGGAAGUGACUGCCACCUUGAAGAACGCCCCCCACCCCACCCCAGUGCUUGUGGAAAGAGUCCAGUUUAACACACCCCACAACCAGAGUGUCUGGGUAACCCAGGAAAGGGAGCUGCUCAGGAGAUUUCAGGGUAAUGACCUUGAAAAAUAAAUGCUAUUCAGAGGGGGAUUUCCAUGUUGAACUUUGGGGACUGUUGGUCAGACAGAAAAUGGGCUCAAAAAAAGUGAGUUUGCUUGAAGAAGACAUUUAACGGUUGUGUUGUUUAUAGUAAAAUAAAACUUCCUACCUUGCUUCAGUUCCGAAUGAAGCGCUUGCUUUUUGUUCCAUUCUCCUCCUCCCUUUAAUGGAUUGUGGCAGUAGAAAUAAUCCAUCGGAGGACCCACCUUUAGUGAGAUGUACUGUUGAUGUAGUACACGGUGUAUCUCAGUGGCCAUCUGCCAUGGUGAGGUGAGCGUGGUCUCUUUUCAGUAUAGUAGUUAAUAUUUUCUAGUAUUUUUUUAUGGAGAGAAUGUGAAAAGUGGCUUUUCAGACACCAUCCCAAAUGGGUCUGGGGAAAAGAAGGCUGUAAAGGACGUGAAAAUGGCACUCCAUUCAGGAUGUAUUAAAAUAAUUUGCUUUUCAGGUAUUAAUAUGACAUUUGUCAUUGUCACUGAUUUUUUAAAAAAAAGCAAUGCAAAUGUUGGUUGUGGCUGUUUUCCGCAUGCUAUCUUCAUAUCUAAAUGCUUCAUUAAUUAUCCAAGCCUCCGGAGAAUUAACUCUAUUACGUUUGUAUAGUAAGUUUGUAAACUGCUUGGCAAAAAACCGAUUAAGAAAUAAUGUGCAACACCAUGCUACUGAAGUGGCAGGUUUCUGGUAGAAAUCGGGCGAGUCCAAUUUGGAGUUUCGAGUUCCUUGAUUGAUUGAGAAUAAAAAAAGGCAUUCUGGAAAAAGAAAAGAGAGACAAAAGUAGAUCGCUUAACAUAGCAAAAAAGCUGAAAAUAAUGUCUAUCCUCUGCGGCCUGGAAUCCAUUGAAAGAAAUUCUCCUGGUAAAAGCUGCUUUCUAACUCCAUCCUUUUCAAAAGUUCCUCUUACUUUCCCCAGAUGAGGCUUGAGCCACUAUCAGCAGAAAGAAGAGGGUGGCCGGAAGUCCACAAGUAGCCACAUCCCAUGAAGCGAUGGGAGGAAGAAGCGAUUUCAGAGCUAGCUGCCCAGGGAGCAUCCGGCCGCUGAACUGGCCAGAGCUUGAAGCAUAGUGAGAUGCGAGCCUCAGGGUCGCACCGUCUAGAAACAAGAUCACCUCCACGUGUUUCACCGCUGCUUCUCCCCACCCCACGUGCAGCCAGGCACCUUACAGACAAUGCCCGUGAGGACGGUCCAAUCGCCACAAAGCUGAUGGGACCUCCCAGUGAAGGCCCUGGAGAGAGCAGGAUGUCAUUGUUUUAGGAAGUCCAGCUGUUAAUGAUAGCUUACACCUAGCAUCACAGAAUCCCGUUCCCUAAAACUCAAUGCGUUCUCUUCUGAGGCAAGAGCUUAAUUAAGGUCGUUACCUGAUUCCUCCGUCAUGACCACGAGCUCUUCCUUGUCAAGUUUGGCCUGUGAGUGGGGCUUACACUCACCUCUUCCUGGAUCAUCAUUUCAUGUUUGAUAGACUGUUCUAGAAAAGCAAUCUUUUGCUAGUUUCCUCUCAUCUCUAAUGCCUUGGGUUUGCUUUUCCUACCUCUCUUCAUAUUGGUCUUCUAGUCUUUUGGUUAAAACCACGGCUUUGGAGUUCAGUUCAUUUCCUCUCGCUGCCCUCAAUUCAGUGGCAGCAGAACUGGCUCUUUCCCAGGAAGAAGUAGCCACCAUCCAUCUCCUGAAAGGCACUGCCAAUUCAUACAACCCUUGAUACCGGGAACAGGUUUCCUAGCAGUCUGGUGGCAUUGAGUGUGGCAUUCAGGUAACCCUUCCUUCUGUCAUGUAGUUCCGGGAUCUCUAUCAAGUGUGAAGGUGAGUGGGGUGAGACCAUGCUUCCUGGUCCUGUGCAGGUUCAAGACGGGUGGAAUUCCUAGUGUUGCUUGUUUGAUGCCUUCUUUCUACAUUCACCUUCUCAUCUCUCAUUCUUCCUUUCUGCCCUCAGCCAGCCCAGGGAACAGGCAAUUUUGUAUUUGCAAUAGGGGAUCAGAAGGCAGCUCUUUCUCAUCCUCUUGUCCCAUUCUGUGGCAUGCUUUUGCACUGCAACAAAUGAUCAUUCCUUCUCCUACGGUGGCUUUCCACUUCUUGGGUACCACUCGCCAUUGCUGAGUUCAGAAGCAGCCGGUGAUGACAUGUAUGUUGCACAUGCUCUGCUAUCCCUGAUAGCCCGGCAGAUAAAACCAAUUUGUCACUGUACACCUUCCCAGGGAGCACGGAUGCAGCUUCAGAAAUCCUUGUGACACUCCCACUGGCUAGGAUCAGUCGAUCAGAACUGAGGUUAUUUGAUAACAAAUCUCAUUUGUGAACUGAUUUUUGUCUUUCCAUCUUUUGCCAUUGGCCCCAAACAGUACACCAACUUUUUAGGAAGCAUCGUUCAUAAAUGACUGUGAGUUCAUUUAAGUUAUUAAGUGACUGCCCAGUUCCUUUGUGGAUGCUAAAAGUGGAGGCUGACUUCUUUAAGCAAAACAAAGACAAAUCUCUGGCCUCCUUUUGCAUUCCCGUGUUCUUGGCCAAUCAUUACAGGCAGCCUUCUGUUCAUCCUUUUGCAGAGGUCAAAUAAGAGGCCAUCUUAUUCUUCAUCUAAUCCCACCUUCUAACAAGAAAUAACACAAAUAUUUAAAUUCCAAGGAGAAGUGCUCUUUGUAUGUUUCUGUCUAACAGAAACCAGAUGCUAAAUGCCUAAGGAGGAGAAUCUAUCUAUGACAAAGGAAAGUGGGAAAUAAAACCAGUUAUCUGAAUAUUCCAUGCCAGGAGAGUUGCUAUUAGCAACCGUUUAGCACCUUCAAGGCUUUGAAAUGGGCUCUAUGGACAGCCCUCCAGCUGCUGGACUCAGCUAAGCCUCCCCUCCUGAUUUUGAAGGCAGUCACAGAUUGCCGCCUUUUGAGAUACAGCUCUCAAAGCUCAAGGGAAGCAGAAAUGAAAACAGCUUUGCCUUGGUCCUAUGGGGGCAUCAGCAGACACUGGGGCUUGUUUGACCACUUGGAAGUAGUUGUCAAGGGUUAGGACCAAGAAAGGAUUGGAUUCCUUUUCCAUUUUCUCAUAAUAGUAGCCCAGUCAACACAAGACUGCCAUAAACCAUGACUCACUAUUGGGAGCUAUACUCUUUUAUAAGCUUACUUCCUGCUGACAAAACUAGCUUUCCCCAAAGGGGAAUAAAAAAAAAAAGGAGGGAGGAAAGUCAAGCAGUGUAGGAAAACAUUUCUGGUGAUUUAGAUAUGAUGGAUCUGUAGGAUAGAAAAAAAAAAUUGUUCUAUCCUGAGAGUUUUUGGAGACAUCCCUUCACCCUACUGGGCAUUUGGCCAUUCGUGUUCAAUAGGUCACUGACCCACGUUUUAAAAAAUUUUUGGAGAGUUUUACCCACUAGUAGGAUCUGUUCUCCAGCCUCUCUAGUUGAUAUUUAUGUGUUUCCAGAGAGCAUUUUGGUUCUACCAUGGACCCUGACUUAACAUUCUAAGGUCUAUGAGUCUUUCAUUUUCCUUAGCAAAUUAGGACUUUGGCAGUUUUCCCUCUCCUAAACACAUUCUUUCCUGUACAGGAUUGCUCUGCCCAUCUCCUGCUUUAACUCCAAGUGCAUAAACAAAACCUCAGAGGGUCUGAGAAGGUGAGGCAGGCCAGACUCUGUUUUGUGUGUCGAGUGUCAAGCUAUUUGUAAAGAAGGUCUGCAAUGGGCCUUUGGUGUGGGCUCUGCCAGAGACUGUUGUGAACACUUUGCUUGAGAUCCGUGCCCUGUAAAAUGGAUAUGUUUUACUGAUGUCUGUAAUACAUUUGUAAACUUCCAAUAAAAUUUGAAUAAAAGAAAUGUU